UCACACAGCACACGAUAACCCUAUUCCAUAAAAGGCCACGCAAGCAAGGGGGACACACGAGAUGCAAACCGCAGGAACAACCGAAAACUACGAAAAGGUGAAGAGCGCCGGCUAUAUACAAGAGAAGGCGUGCUCGUCGUCGUCCUCUUCUUCUUCUCUUCUCUGUUCCGAUCCCACGAGCUGAGGCUAGCGUGGUUCACUGGUUUGUAAUGGAGAGGGGAGCGAGAGGAGGGCCAUGAGGUGCAGGAGGCACCCGUACGAGGGCGGGGUUGGCGUGUGCGCGCCGUGCCUCCGCGACCGCCUGCUCGCGCUCGCCGCCGCGCAGAACGAGGCCUCCUCGUUGCCGCCCACGCCGCUGCCGGAGCCGGUGCCGGUUUUCCCGAGGUCGGUGUCGCCGUACGUGUGCCGCCGGAAAUCCGACGCCUCCGGAGCGAGGAAGCGCGCACCAAGCCUCCUCUUUUUCCGGACGCCCCAGGUGGGGCCGGCCUACGGCGGCGGCGGCGGAGCGGGCUUCGUGGAAGGGGACAUCGAAUUCGAGAUCCGGCGGCGGAGCAGCAAGUUCUCCGUGCUCGCCGCGCUCUUCGGGGGACAUCGUCACCACGGAUCGGAGGAGAAGGGCGGCGGCAAGGAGCGGAAGCAGCGGUCUUGGCUCGCGGCGAUCAUGUCUCCCUGGGGCCUCCGGAAGAAGGAUCCGGCCGCCGCGUCGCAACCAUCUCCGCCACGGCGCUCUUGCCACGUGGUCAGCAACCGCGGGCUCUCGCCGGUGAUGGGGUACGCCGACGAAGGCGGCGAGGAGGGCAGCUCGACGGCGGAGUCGCCGUGGCGACCUUCGCCGUCGCCGAUGCGGAAAACGCCCUGCCGGCGUAGACCGGGAGCCGCAGCGGCCGGCGUCUCGGGCUUCGCCGUCUGCAUCAGCCCACUCGUCCGUCCCAGCCCGGGGAGGCAACACCGCGGAGGCCACCCGCCGGACGCCACCGCCUUCUCCGGCGAACUGGGGCCGUCACCGCUCCACCGCCUCUCCUCCAGCACCUCGCUCCAGCACUGCCGGUCCUGGAAGCUCGCCGACGGCGGCCGCUUCCGGUGAUCCUCCUCCCCACUUCAUCUCCUUCUUUAUUAAUUUUCCCGCGUUCCGACAUUAUUUAUCCCAAAGAUUUACUUUUUGGGAGGCUUUUCUUUUCUUUUCUUAUUUUCCUUUUUACCUUAACGUGUAAACUGGAAAAGAAGAAUUCAUCCCCAGCUCGAGCUGGCAAGCUGUUCCACUGACAUGUAGGCACCGACGUUCGUUUUGUCAAAGGUUACUGUUUGUCAGUCGAACAUGUUGCAAGCCGCUCUAAAAAGGGGCUUCUUGCAUUGUCUAUGUACAGGAUUAGCUUUUAAAUAUUUUCAA